AUGCGGAUCACUCAAUUGCAGCGGCCGCUGGUGGCUGCUGCGUCCACCCUUGCGAGAUCGACAUCGGCCCCGACGACAAUACGACAGUUGCAGGAUGUGUUAGGUCAGCUGAGAAUAGGAGCCAGCAAUGCCGCUGUCGAGGGUCGGAGGCACGCUUCGGUCAAGUCGCAGGGAAUGUACAAGCUCCGGGAUUCGAGCACAAUACCGAAGAAGCUGGGAGCAAAGAAGACUGGUGACUCCUGGGUCAUCACAGGCAACAUCAUAUACAAGCAGCGAGGCACCAAAUGGUUCGCGGGCGAGAACUGCGGCAUGGGACGCGACCACACCAUCUUCGCCCUGGCCUCGGGCUACGUCAAGUACUACAAGGACCCGGCCAAGCACCCGAAGCGCCAGUACAUCGGCGUAGUCUUCGACAAGGCCGACAAGCUGCCCUACGCGCCGCACCAGAUGCGCAAGCGCAAGCUCAACAUGGUAGCCGUGCCCGUGGCCGUGCCGCCCGCCGAGCCCACCCUCUCCGCCUCGGGCAUCCCCAACACGGUCGUGCGCCAGGGCUACGGCCGCAAGCCGCACCCGCGCGAUGAGCGCAUCAUGAAGCUGCAGAAGGACGGCAGCUACGCGUACCGCGAGGAGAACUGGCGGCUGGGCACGCUGGUGCGCACCGAGAAGCGCAAGCUGGGGUCGCGGAGGGUGGCCAUGAAGCACAGGCGCAGACGGACGAAGGCGAUCGCGCUGGAGAUGCGUGCCGAGCGCGAGGACAAGAUUGCGAGACGUAAGGAGGCGCUCGAUGCGCAGAGGGCGGCGCGCUUGCGCAAGAUGAAGGAGUAUAGGGCGCGUAGGGCCCUGGAGAGUAAUAAUGCGAGCAUCCCUCCGGCUGGCGGUGCGAUGCCGCCAUCGCAGCCGCCUCCACCGCGGGCUGAGGUGUAG